AUCACCACUCUUACAUUUUGCGUCGUCGAUCGAAGUAACAGACGCAGUAGAGAGUGAUUGUUGUUUUACUUCUGCAAAAUUCGUAGUUUAACAAUGAAUGUUGGGACACUUAUUGUGCUUAUAUAUUUGAUAGCGCCGGUGGUUUUUGUGCAAGGGUCGGAGAAAAAGGGCGUGGUCCACUGGGCAGAUAGUUAUAAGUGUGAUGAUUUCAAAGCAUUAGAUAACAUGACUUGGUGGCACGACUUUAGGAUGAGCCUGGAUUAUUUCCAUGACAACAACAUUUGUUCAUCAACCAUUGACAGUUACAAGAAAACGCAUGUUCCUAUGGUAUGGGGGUACUGGAGUAACACGAAGAUUAAAAUCGACGACGAAGCGCAAUACAUCUUAGGUUUUAACGAGCCUAAUCACAACAGGCAGUCGAAUAUGUCACCUGAAAAAGCUGCUGCCGCCUGGCGGGAAGUAGAAAAGUAUUCAAAGGGGAAACAACUCGUAAGUCCAUCAGCUGCCGUGUGUGGCAAUGAAUGUCAAAGCGGUGAAAUAGAAUGGUUCGACAAGUUUUUUGCACUUUGCAAAGGGUGUCGAAUACAUUACCUAUCCACCCAUACAUACUGGUGCAAUCCUGACAAAGUGAUAGAUUACUUGGAGAUGCUGUACAAAAGAUACGGACUGAAGAUUUGGCUUACUGAAUUCGCGUGCAAGAGAACAUUAAAUCCGUAUAAACAACUAAUGUUCAUGAAGCAAAUCUUACCAAAAUUGGAAGCUGCUGACUACAUUUUCAGAUAUUCCUGGUAUUCAGCACGAAUUACAAAAUCAGGAUUUAUAACGACAUCUGCAAGCUUGCUCAAGCCAGAUAGUUCUUCACUAACAGACCUGGGCCGAUGGUACAACGAAUUCCAAGGCGUAAAGGAUAAGAUUAGCACUACCGCUCCAGAAAGGGUAACUACUACACCGCCAAAGAAGGUAACUUAUACACCGAGCAGUGGUGAAGACACUAGUGCAGAUGGCAGAGAGGAAACAUUGCUUAUACUUCAGUCGUAUACGUCAAAUCCAACUAAGUGGUGGGAGAUUAUCGCAUACAUGAAGAGAAACUCAAACAAAUUAUCCGAGUCUGUACAAACGCUUUACAAUACAUCCUCAAAAAAGACACUCAAGAAAAGAAUCAAAAAGAUGUUUAAGGAGAUUAUAUGCACCGAUGUAGACACAAUACAGGAUAGCGAAAUCAGGGAACUGGUAGAGAAAAUCCGAAAUAUGCCAGAAGGAGACAAGAAACAGAAUGAUGGAACACUUCGCGUACCGAAAUGUUAAACUGAUACAAGGCUACAAGCAUUGUCGUAGUGUUAAAUUGUACCACGGAAAUCGCAAAUUGUGUUAUUUUAUGACGUUUUUUUGUUAUCAUAUACAAUUAAUAUACAACAAGUCUUCCGACACCCCAUGCGAGUUUUUUCGGCCAAUUCCAAUUCAAUGUUAAUUGUAAAUAAAAAAUCUUGUUUAUAAUCAAAUGCUUUCUUCGCUUUGACCAUCCUGUUGCUUAUUUAAGGGAUGCUGUACUUCCCAUUAUGUUUCAUGGACAGACUGUGAGUCCGCUUUUAUUUUGCUUGUUUGCAUUCUACGCUUCCAAAGUAUACUUUUACAGAUUUAUUGAAUAUCACAGUAGAAAUCUUAUAGUGCCGUGUGGCGGACGCAAAAUAUAUCCCCUAGCUUUGCCUUUGAAUAUCUGUUUUUUUUAUCAUGGAGUCAAUUUAAUAUUUGUCUUAUAGAAUUGCUGAGUGUGGGAAAGGGUGAGGGCGAAGGGAGUUGUUCUUUACCUUUCAUUUACAAACUCAGUCAAACCGAGCCUACUGUUAUUUCAUUUGAUUGCAUUCUUCGCUGCUAAAGGAUCUGUUUACAUAUUUUAUUAUUAACAUUAUAGGUGAAUUUUUUAAAAUGAUGAACAAAAACUGACGAAAUCAUUUGGUGGGGGGGGGGGGGGGGGUGAUAUUUUAUUUGGUAUUAUCUGAUCCGUUCCCAUGUCAAAAAUGCCAAUACAUUGUAAAAAGUUUACUUGAAAUCACAUAUGAAGGAAAUGAAUGAAUUAAAAGACUAAGUUUACAAAUGUACCAAAUAAACGAAAACUGUAAUAUUUAUCAGGUUUCUAUUCAAAACGGGACAAAGAUCCAGAAAGGACAGUCACUAAGAGCUCCCUCUAAGUCUGGAUAGUUUACGAGAAUAUAUUUAUCAAACUCAUUCGGCCUCCACCUUUAAAACCACCUGAUACGAAGGCAUUUGCAGUGUUUGGAAAUAAAAUAGUUGCGUUUUAUAUAGUCCAUGUUCUAUCAUAAUUAGUAUAAAAGUGAUUUUUCGGACGAUAGUUUUUUAUGUAAAACGUUAUCUAUGUAAACUUGUGUAGGUAGAGAGGGUACUGAAAAAUGUUAACAUUUUAUAAUGUUUGAUUCUGAAUAUUUUGAAUUGUUUUAUCAAAUACUGUCACAUCUAUAAAUGCUUUGCUUGCUUGUUUGUUUUUA